AUGUGCCGAAAUCAAAUACAAAAAUAUCCGAUGUUCAAAACCGAAAAUGGCAUCAAUUUUUCUCCUCCAGACACCUUGGUGGAACUAAGAGAAAAAGUAAAAAUGCCAAAACUGCGUGAAAAACGAUACCAGUUGGAUGAGUUGGCAUAUCAAACGGGGAAUGAAGUAAUCAGACUUCCGCCUUAUCACUGCCAAUACAACCCGAUUGAAUUAAUUUGGGCGCAGGUAAAAGGUGAAGUUGCAACCAAAAAUACAACGUUUAAAAUAGCCGACGUCGAAAAACUUUUGCACAAAGCUAUAGAUGCAGUUACCACAGAAAAUUGGGAAAAAUGUAUAAGAUAUGCAGAACAACUACAAAAAAAUAAAGAUUUUGAAAAAGAAAGAUUCAAAGAUUGCAUAUUGAAACACAUAAUUUUAACAAUCGACCCCAACGACAGCAAUUAUUGUAGCAGUAGUGAAGACAAAGACUACCUUUGA